GUGGUGAUACAGAAACAACUCCAAAAUGUACUUAUAACAGUUGUCCACAAAUUAUUAGUAAAUUUUGGGUAUAAACAAAUUGAUACUUCAAUAAAUAUAUCAACAAAAACCCAACAAGUAAAAGUUUCUAGUAUUUUACCUUUUUAUUCAUUUACAUUUGAUGCAAUUUUAAAAGAUAAAACAAUUCAAAAAGUUAAUGUUAGUGGUGUUGCACAAAUCUAUAAAAACAUUUUUGUUGGAAUUAAUUAUCUUCUUCCUUCAAAUAAAUUAUCACCUGUAUUUAUUAAACAGAAUGAAGAAACUCUAAUAGAUGAUAGUAAUGAAACAAAAACUUCUGUAAAAGAACUUAUUCAUGGAAUAAAACAAAUUCAACAAAAUAGUUCAGGGUUUAUUUGUUAUCAAGAAUCUCCUUAUAAGAGAUAUUCUCUUUAUUUGUUUGUUCUUUUUUUAUUCACUCACUCAGUGAAAUAA